UGAGCUGAUGAUUAUGCUGACGUCAUGCGGACGUAGAUCUGACAGUCACUUGUACAGCUGCACACCUCGCGCUGCAGGACAACACCGGAGGUGUCUCACAGUCGCUACCGAGAAGCGCCAGGAAGCCGGUCGGACAGCCAGGGCACGUCACCCCGCCUGACUCACCAGCACGGCGCGGUCCAUGAGACAUGUCUACGGGCACAGCACCGGACAACACCUGCUUAUUUGGUCACGCUGUAGACUUGAGGGGUUAGAUCACACGUGUAUAUUAGUUAGUUCCAGAUUUGCAGGGAAGACUAGAAAGGAAAGCCGUCGUCAGUGUACACAAAGCGCUGGUACGGAGCCUGAGAAAAUCUUGGAUGUCCAAAACUACUAAACUAGCCACCAUGCCUAUCUUCACUGGCUCUUCCAACAACAAACAACAUAAGUACCAGGACUUGGUGAAUGAAGCCGUCCAUGGGGUUUCACACAAGUACAAGGACUAUGUGAAAGAGGAAACUGUUCAUGUCAUCCGGUCAUACACUGGCCUCCGUCCAUAUAAAGCUCCAUUUGCCAUGCAAAAUGGGAAGACAAAAUACUUCUUGUGUAUCAAAGGAAAAGUACCGAUCAUGAAAAACGGUGUAAUGGACUACACACUCCACAUCAGGAUGUACAUCCACAAGAGACAUCCUCUGUCUCCUCCGGAGGUUUUCAUCAGGCCGACCCGCAGCAUGGACAUCAAGGCGGGCCAACAUGUGGACUCGGAAGGACGGGUGUACCUGCCUUACCUCAGCAGCUGGAUAUAUCCGAAGAGUGACCUGAUCGGGCUGCUAGACUUCAUGGUGCUGACCUUCAGUCAGAUCUCUCCCGUCACCCUGCGGCGCAGGUCCCCGUCAGCAUCGCCCACCCUGCCGCGGAAAGCCGUGUCCAACCCGCCCUCCAGGUCCCACUCCAGAUCAGGCUCCAGUUCCCGGUCCAGACCGAGCUCCAAGCCCGUGACUCCGGUGCUGAGUCGCCGCGGCAGGCCGUCCCCCACGCGGCCGGAUGGCGCCGGGGAUGCGGACGACGACUUCGAUGCAGGGUUCAUGCCAAACCUAGGAGACAGAUUUUUCAGGACAAAAAGUUCUGGUUCCAGCUCGGGGUCGUCUGACGAUGAGGAGGAGAAGGUGUGCGAACAGCUUGUAGAUGAGAACGGCGUCCAUCGCAGGAUCUCCGUGAAGAAGUACAACCCUCGGGCGGGCAGGAUGGAGUACCUCACCGUCCAGUACGGCUGCAUGGCCGUGGCAGCAGACAAGGUCAAGGAGUGA